UUCAAACUCUGAAGUUGCCACUGCCACUGCCAGUUGAGGUUUGCUUUCAAAGUUUUUGGAUGCAGCAGCAAAGAAAAGUGAUCGUCCAAUUCCAGUUUGGAGCACAUGCGGUGGCUAUCAAAAGCUGCACUGAAACCUAGAAUGUAGAGACCUGCAAGUUGCACCGUCCUUUUUCGUCUUUGGGGGACCCAAUUUCAUGUGUUCGUUCUGUCCCUCGUACCUCUGAAAAUUUUGAGGCAUCUGCUGUCAUUCUUGUUGACGUUGAGACCUUUUACGCUCUCAGACUUUGACUAGCAACUGGGCAGGCAGAUCCCUUCGCCAGAUUGAGAUUCAACGGAAACCAUUGCAGCCGUUUGACCAGAAGUGGGCAACGGCAAGUUAAUGUGAACACCCUCUGGCUGCACACAUACUGACGGACGCUAAUGUCAAGUGUCCCGCCAACUUUACUUUAGAGUCGGAGCAGAUACCUGGACAAUCAAUCUUAAAGCUAAAAAGAGCGACAGCUCAGACCUGCUCAGACCUGACGGUGGUACGACCAAUCCAAAGUUGGCCGGUGCACUUUACUCUUUUAGCAGCCGACGCGUCGUGCACAAGUCAUUCAGGGCGGCUUCUUGUACCGCCACUUGCACAUCGAGCAAGGUUUACAUUGUACAAGUCUACUCCGGGGUUAUAAUGGAAGGACGGACAGGAGAAGAACCUGCGUGGUUCAAUGAGCCAUGUAUUCUUGGCAUCGAUGAGGCAGGAAGAGGGCCAGUACUAGGACCGAUGGUUUACGGGUGUGCGUUUUGUGCCUUGUCACAGAAAGCGAGGAUAGCUGGCAUGGAGUUCGCAGAUUCCAAAACAUUGACAGAAGAAAAGCGAGAAACUCUUUUUGAGGCGCUAAAGGAGGAUACCUCCAUUGGCUGGGCAGCCGAUGUAAUUCAUGCAAAGGAUCUGUCAUCUCAGAUGUUGCGAAGUGAGAAGAAAAGUCUGAAUGCCAUCUCGCACGACUCAGCAAUGGGAUUAAUCCGGGGGGCACUCGACAAAGGCGUCAAUCUGGUUGAGGUCUACGUCGAUACUGUUGGCGAUCCUGAGAAGUACGAGCAACGACUGAGCGAGAAAUUUCCCGGGGUCAGAAUGACCGUGCGCAAGAAGGCCGACAGCCUGUUUCCAAUUGUCAGUGCAGCCAGCAUUGUCGCAAAGGUAACAAGAGAUCGCGCGUUGAGGGCCUGGGUGUUCGAAGAGAGAGGUGUCGAGUACGGGCGCCAGUUUGGGUCUGGCUACCCGGCAGACCCCGAGACAAAGACGUGGUUGGCGGCGAACGUGGACCCCGUGUUUGGCUUCCCGUCGUUGGUGCGCUUCAGCUGGGGCACGUGCAAACCGUUGGUGGCCAAGCUUUGUGUGGACGUUCAAUGGGAGAACGACGAUGAGGACGAAUCCGAAUCGACGAGUGCGCGCAAGAACAGGCGAUAUGAGUCUGCGGCUCCAGGACGACACUCGUACUUUAAAUCGCGUCAGUUGCAACAAGUAACAACGCACCUUUGAUCGUUUGGGCCAGCUAUAAAUGUGUCUACCACCAAUGAACCUACGGCCCGUCUCUACCCCUUAAUACUUGGCAGGACCUCAGGCCACACAGGGUUUCGAACAGGCUUCCAACUGUCAUGUGUGUGAUGUCCAUGACCACGUUUAAAAGCUUCGUCGACCUUGAUAUGUUUGUAGUCCUAACUAGCACAGUGCAAGAUUGGGUCGGCUGGGAUUGUGCUGAAUUUGGUGGGCACAUGAUACAACGGAAAGAAGUCACAUGGGGCCAGUCACAGGCAUGCCCUUGAAUCAGGC